CGUGGUCUUCGUUGCAUGUUUUAUAUUUUCUGUACUCGCGUUUCGCAUCCUAUCGAGAUCGAUUCCGUUGUUUUGAUUGUGUUGUUUGUUUUGUGGAUAUCUCCCGGUCAGAUUGUCCUGUGUUUUUUUUUUUUUUAUUUACUGUUGUGCCUGAGUUUGCAUAGACGAGGUUCACGGGUGUCAACGAAUAUGCAUUUGGUAAAUAGCCGUUCGGAUUUAGCUUAAAGUGUGCUUCUGGGCUGUCAUUUUCUGUGUCACGACGAUCGAUUCGAGAAAGUUGGUGAUUAGCGGCAGCAGAAUAAUUGAAGAAAAAGGUGAAAAGUGCAAUCUGAGAGGUGUUGUUCUCUGACGGAAACCAAGAAAAAAAAAGUGAAACUAAAACAAUCGAGUGUCUCGUGUUUAGCCAAGUCAACAAAGGCGAUACGCAAGGGUUCCCGUCAGUGUUGAACAAAUGUUGUCUACAUCGAUCACAUUGUAAGGAGCCUCCCUGUGCCAGAACGACCUGUUUAUUCAGUUGUAGUAAAAAAGUUUUCAGCAAAUUCACUCGUCCGGAGGCUCCACCAACCGCAACCACCCCCCAAACAAUGCAAUAGUGAUCAAUGUUAAUUCACAGCAAUUACCGUACGGUGUACUGGCUGGCAAAACUUUUAGUAGUGCCUUAAACAUCUGCCAAGCGUCAUUCCUGCGUGCGUACCGAAAUCGCACAAAUUGACGAAAUCGACCUGCCAGCAGCCAAUCAUGACCAUCCAGCAGUCGUCGGGUCAACUGGCGAUGGCUGGAAUUCCACUCAGUCCUGCGGCGACCGUUACGCCAUCUACAGUCAGCACGGCAGCAGCAGCAGUGACCACGGGUGCCGGAGGGGGUGGCCAUUCGACGUCGGUCAGUUCGUUCAGCUGCUGCCCGGCAAACGGUGAAAGUUCGUCCAUCGGGGAGGACUCGAUUGAGCUGAGUGAUAGUCAGGGUAACAACAACACCAUGUUCCACAGUGGCAAGUUCGAGGGUGAGGAUUAUCACUUUCCCAAACGGCCCCCGGUGGAUAUCGACUUCCGGGACAUUCGGUACACGGUGAAGCGGUUCAAUUUGGCCAAGGCUAAAUUUGAGAGCAAAGAAAUUCUACACGGCCUGAACGGUUCUUUCAAAACCGGUGAAAUUACCGCCAUAAUGGGUCCUUCGGGGGCCGGAAAAAGUACAUUGCUCAACAUUCUUGCUGGAUACGUUUCAACCGGCGUGAGCGGUUUGGUGCAGGUCAACGGGAAGAACCGGCCGCACAAUUCGCAGAGUUUUAGGAAACUCUCGUGCUACAUCCAACAGCACGACGCCCUGCGGCCCUGGCUGACCGUGAACGAGGCGAUGAGUUGUGCCACCCACCUGAAGUUGGGUUUCAGUAUCAGCUACGACGAAAAGCAGAAGCUGAUCGGAAAAAUCCUCUUCAUGUUGGGACUCGAACAGAAGAAAAACACUCCGACGGCGGACCUCUCGGGAGGUCAGAAGAAGCGGCUGGCGGUCGCACUGGAAAUGAUCAGCAAUCCGCCAAUUCUGUUCCUGGACGAACCGACAACCGGACUGGACAGUUCGUCCUGUACGCAGUGUAUUUCGCUGCUGAAACGAUUGGCCCAGGACGGUCGGACAAUUAUCUGCACAAUUCACACGCCCAGUGCGCUGCUGUUCGAGAUGUUUGACAAACUUUACACCGUCACCCAGGGCUACUGUUUCUAUCAGGGUCCGGUACGAGAGCUGCUGCCGUUUUUCUCCAAUCUGGGCUACAAUUGUCCGAGCUAUCACAACCCGGCGGAUUUUAUGAUGGAAAUCGCCGUCGGCGAGUACGGUGCUGAUGUGGGGAAGGUGAUCAAAGCUGCCCUGAAAAAGUACUACGAAAUGAGCAGCGAAUGUAUCAAACUGGAUCCGAUCUUUGACGAUAAUGUGAAAUCCGUUACUUAUGAUUUCUCCACGGUUACGGGCAGCGGCGGUGGUGGUGGCGGUGGAAACGGCUUAAAGGACACGGCCAACAGCAAGGUGGAAGAGCUACAGCAACAGCUGAAGGAUCGGGGCGUUUGCGGAACAGUCACCGAGUCGGACGGAGACAACGUGUUCUGUCCGGAGAUCGUCGAUAACACCAAGCCGGCCUCACUGGUGAUGCAGUUUUUACUGUUGCUGUACCGGAAUCUACUGCAGCUCAGGCGCAAUUAUUUUCUCCUGGUCAUUCGUAUCUUCGCUCACGCUUCGGUGGCAACCCUGUUCGGCUACAUCUAUCAAGGCGUCGGUCCGAAUGCCAACCAAGUCCUGGCCAACUACGUCUAUCUGUACGGUUCGAUGCUGAUGAUGGUUUAUACGGGCAAGAUGGCGGUUGUGCUGUCAUUUCAAAUCGAAAUGGAAUCUCUUGCCAGGGAACACUUUAAUCGGUGGUACCGGCUGGGACCGUACUUCCUCUCGAUUCUGGUGAUCGAGGUUCCAGUGCAGAUAAUCUGUUCACUAAUUUACGUCGUGAUAAGUUAUAAUCUAACGAACAACUAUCACACCUUUGAGCGGUUUCUGCUAUUUGCACUGUUCUGUAUGGCUGGAUCGAUUUCCGCACAAGCUUGGGGCUUCUUCAUCGGGGCAGCGCUCUCCGUGAAGUUGGCCGUCUUCAUCGGUCCUAUCCUGGCGGUAUUGUUUUCCGUGUUCGGGUUCUGCACCCGCUAUGCGGACAUCACCCCGAUCUUCAAGUGGAUGUGGCACAUCAGCUACUAUCGGGCCAGCUUCCACGGCAUCCUGAACUCGGUGUACGGCAUGAACCGGGAGGAUCUGGUCUGUCCGGAAACGCAAAUCUAUUGUCACUUUAAGAAUCCGAUCCUGUUUCAGAAGGACAUGGACAUCGAGCACGUUGAUAUGGAGCAGAACUUUCUGUUGAUUGUGUCGAUCGUGGUAACGAUGUACAUCGGAACCGUUUUUGUGCUGUGGUACAAACUGAACAAACGAUAAUCGGUUUUUUUUCUGGUAGAGUAUAGAAGAGUUAGGUAGUUAAACGAGUUAGUGUGCAAUAGAACUUUAAGUUACCGUUUUAACUAUUUUCGGACGACUUGACUAGACUAGAUUUUGUUUGGAUUGUCCUAGACUUGCCAUUAAAAUCUACGCGGUGAAAAGCUUAUAACAUUUUACGAUAUGAACCAUGUGUUUCCUAAUUCUAAAACCGUAUCCUUCGAAAUAUUCAUCAUUUUACCAUGAAAUUCGAAAUAAUCAUGCUAACAACAGCGUCUGUGAUUAUGAAAAUAGCCCAUUUUUAAAGGUUAAGUAAGGAGAAUUGUAUUAAACAACUAGAUUUUAAGGGACCCACCCUGUUUGAGCAAUCUUAGCCGAUCCGGUACGGAACUAAUCUCUACCAUUAUAAGUAGAAUCUCUUUGUAUGCAAUGUGUCGAACAUUAUUUAUUUUAAAACUGACAUUCAAUAAAUAAUUAAUU